AUGACGCCAAAGCCUACGCACGAGAUAUUGCUAUAUAAACACAGUAAUCCGACAACGGAAGCUUAUGGCUUUUCGCUCGCCAUGGUAGCCUCAGUGGUAUGGGUUCUAUGGGUUUUGUGGGCUAUACUGCCAGAGUGGCUGUUGAUCAGCUUGGGUAUUCGAUGGUUCCCGAAUCGUGACUGGGCUUAUCUACUACCUGCAUGGAGUAUCAUGUUAUUUCUGUUUAUUUAUGUGGGUUUUGUCUCUUGGAACGUGUUUCAGACGCCACCUAUGGAUGCGUUGGAGCUCGUGGUCGACCAGCAUGCUGUGUUAUAUACACGUCCAUUGACGGAAGAGGGGGGGCAUCCUUUGCAGCAGCAUACAAUUCGAGACAUCACGGAUAUGCGUGGGCCUCUGAGUGACGAUGUGUAUGAUGUAUCUCCGGGUCUCAUAUCGCGAGCCAGGUAUCUAAAUCGAUAA